AUGGAGUUACUGCGGACUAUCGCUCACCAGCCGGGGAGCAGCACCGGCGGCCCCAAGGGGGGCGAGCCGGGGCUGGGCAGAGCUUGCGGCGGGGAAGCCCGGCGCAAGAAGCCGCUGGAGGAGCAGCCGCAGCAUCACCACUCGCAGGCUGCCCCCGAGGUCUCCCGGAUUAUCACCGACCCCGGCACGGGCAAGCGCUACUGCCGCGGCAAGGUGCUCGGCAAGGGUGGAUUUGCCAAAUGUUAUGAGAUGACAGAUUUGACAACGAACAAAGUCUAUGCUGCAAAAAUCAUUCCUCACAGCAGAGUAGCUAAGCCUCAUCAAAGGGAAAAGAUUGAUAAAGAGAUUGAGCUGCACAGAAUGCUUAAUCACAGGCAUGUUGUACAGUUUUACCACUACUUUGAGGACAAAGAGAAUAUUUACAUUCUUCUGGAGUACUGCAGUAGAAGGUCUAUGGCUCACAUCUUGAAAGCAAGGAAGGUAUUGACGGAACCAGAAGUGCGAUACUACCUCAGGCAGAUAGUGUCGGGGCUAAAAUAUCUUCAUGAACAGGAAAUCUUGCACAGAGACCUUAAACUAGGUAAUUUCUUCAUUAAUGAGGCCAUGGAACUAAAAGUAGGCGACUUUGGUUUGGCAGCAAGGUUGGAACCGCUGGAACACAGAAGGAGAACAAUCUGUGGCACACCAAAUUACCUCUCUCCAGAAGUCCUCAACAAACAAGGACAUGGAUGUGAAUCUGACAUAUGGGCCUUAGGUUGCGUAAUGUACACAAUGCUGUUAGGAAGACCCCCCUUUGAGACUACAAACCUUAAAGAAACCUACAGAUGUAUAAGGGAAGCAAGAUACACUCUACCAUCAUCUCUAUUGGCACCUGCAAAGCACUUAAUAGCUAGCAUGUUGUCAAAAAAUCCCGAGGACCGGCCCAGUUUAGAUGAUAUAAUUCGACAUGACUUUUUCUUACAGGGCUUUACACCAGAUCGACUCUCUUCUAGCUGUUGUCACACUGUUCCUGACUUCCACUUGUCAAGUCCAGCUAAGAAUUUCUUCAAAAAGGCAGCUGCUGCUCUGUUUGGUGGUAAAAAGGAAAAAGCAAGAUACUUUGAUACACAUAAUAGACUAACUAAAGAGGAUGAAGAAAUCUACAAACUUAGACAUGAUUUGAAAAAGACAUCGAUAACCCAACAGCCCCACAGACACAGAACGGAUGAGGAGACCCAGCCUCCUAACAUUACAGCAGCCAAACCUGGAACUCUAGCAGAGACCAAACAGAUUGGAGACUCCAUUCGAAUGAUAGUUAGAGGAACUCUAGGAAGCUGCAGCAGUAGCAGUGAAUGUUUGGAAGACAGUACCAUGGGAAGUGUUGCUGAUACAGUUGCAAGGGUACUGCGAGGUUGUCUUGAGAACAUGCCAGAAGCAGAUAGUAUUCCCAAAGAACAGCUGACAGCAUCUUUCCAGUGGGUUACAAAAUGGGUUGACUACUCGAACAAAUACGGCUUUGGUUACCAGCUGUCAGACCACACUGUGGGUGUUCUUUUCAACAAUGGAGCACACAUGAGCCUUCUACCAGACAAAAAAACAGUCCACUACUAUGCUGAGCUAGGCCAGUGCUCUGUCUUUCCAGCUACAGAUGCUCCUGAACAAUUCAUCAGCCAAGUAACUGUUCUGAAAUAUUUCUCUCACUACAUGGAGGAGAACCUUAUGGAUGGAGGGGAUCUGCCCAGUGUAACUGAUGUUCGCAGACCCAGGCUUUACCUCUUACAGUGGCUAAAAUCUGACAAAGCGUUAAUGAUGCUCUUCAAUGAUGGCACACUUCAGGUGAACUUUUAUCAUGAUCACACAAAAAUAAUCAUCUGUAACCAAAGUGAGGAGUAUCUCCUUACCUACAUCAAUGAAGAUAGGAUAUCAACAACAUUUCGACUGACAACACUUCUGAUUUCUGGAUGUUCAUUGGAACUAAAACACAGAAUGGAAUAUGCACUGAACAUGUUGCUGCAAAGAUGCAACUAA